AGGCCCAGGAAGCGCGUGCAGGCCGAGAAUGGGCCGAUUCAGGGCCUGUUCGACCUCUCGAGGGGGAUUUUCAUGGGCCCCGGGACCGUCCCGCCUCCCAAGGAUGUGGGGACGAUGCGGUCGUACCUCGAUAAAAUGAGACCCGAGGAUUUUGGGCUAAGCGCAGAUCUAGAGUUCUUCAAGACCUCGAGCCCCGUGAAUGGAAAUCCAACGAUCGCAUACGCGACUAUAUAUAGCUGUGAUAAUUUCUCGAUGUGCAUGUUCUUUUUGCCACCAACAGCAGUUAUUCCACUCCAUAACCACCCAGGGAUGACCGUCUUCAGCAAACUCCUAUUAGGAACAAUGCACAUAACAUCAUACGAUUUCGUUGAUCCCUCUAUUUCAGAUGAAGCCACUCCAUCUAAUUUUAAAUUGGCGAGAUUGGUGGUAGAUUCAGACUUCACUGCUCCGUGCAAGACAUGCACGCUAUACCCAGCAUCUGGAGGAAAUAUGCACACAUUUAGAGCUAUUACACCGUGUGCAGUGCUAGAUGUAUUGGGACCUCCUUACUCGAAAGAAGAUGACCGAGACUGCACAUACUAUAGAGCUAGUCCUUAUUCUCGUAUUUCAGAUGAAUUUGUUGAUAGAGACGGAGAGCGAGAUAACGAUCUUUAUUUGUUGGAGGAGAUUGAAGUCCCCCAAGAAUUGAAAAUGGUUGGUGUUGAAUAUCUUGGACCACAGAUUAUUGACAUAUGAAGAAGUUUGGGCUUUAACUUUGGAUACAGUUUUCUUUCUUUUCCCCCCCUUUUCUUUUCUUUUCUUUUUUUCCUCCUCCCCCUUUGUUGUGUGUAUGGAGUGUUUUUUAACUUUGUGCGAGAAGGGAGAUUGUCGCACUGGACAAAUUCCUAUUCUUACAGUAAUAACAUGGUUACUGAGUUACACAGAUGUCUUAGUCCGAACUUUGGUGGAAGAUUUCUUUGGGUGAUUAAUGUUCUUUUUUGGUA